AUGAUGAAAUUUAACAUAGAUAAGAUAAUAUUAAUCAAUUUAAUAGUAUUAUUGAAUCGAAAUGUAGUGUAUUGUGUGGAUACAAAUGAUGUUUCAUUAAGUGAAUCACAAUCAGUACCAACUAAUAUUGACACUGAUAAUACUAUUACAAAUACAUCCAAUGAUAAUCUAAUUACAGCUAAAUUUUUAUCGAAUUUUAAUUUUUUUGGUAAACCUUUAACAAUAGGAUUUGAAUACAAGAUAGAUAAAUCACAACAAAAUAAAUUAUCAGAUCCAAAUAAAAUUGAUAAAAUCAAAUUUUCUGAUUAUAUAAUUGAAUUUGAUGACAAUGCUAAAUUACCAACAAUUGGUACUGUUGAAGGUAUAAUCAUCUAUACUUGCGAGCAUAAUAAUCCAGUAUUAGUUGAAUUUAUAGUUUCUACAGAAAAAUAUUGCUACUAUUAUUUCUACCCAAUGAAUAAUAAUACAAAUAAAUGGAAUAAUCACAAAUUAAAACAUAAUAAUGGAUUGAAAAAAUAUAUUGACAAGAAUGGUAUUAAUUAUUAUAAAUUACCAGAUUCAAGAUCGUGUUGUUGUUCUCAUGCUCCCAUUAAAAAAUAUGAGCAUACAAGACUAGCAAAAAAACAUUGCAAUGAAGAAAAAUGUGAAAUGCUAGAUAACAUUGAGUAUAAGAAUUUGGAAAUUUAUCUAAAAUAA